AUGUCCGACGUGUCUGACGAUAUCACGCUUGCAGGCUACCUUUUCAAACGCCUUAAUCAAGUUGGCCUACAUACAGUGCAUGGCGUCCCUGGAAAUCACAACAUCGCAACACUGAGAGAAGCCACCGGUACCGGGCUUGAAUGCGUCGCACACCGUAGCGAUCUUAGUGCUGGGCUUGCCGCAGAUGGAUACGCACGAGUCAAGGGCAUCGCCGCUCUGAUAUCUUCAUUUGAGAAUAUGUCAUCCUCAGUCUCGACGGUAAUCGCUGCCUCGUACCAGAAUAGAAUCCCAGUUGUUCUUGUCAUUGGGACACCUCAACGCAAGGCGCAAGCUCAGGCUUCCAAAUUCCACCAUUCAUUUUUCGACGCGCAGCCUGAUCUUCCUCGACAGCCUGAUGAUUUCCAAAUACUCGCUCACUGCUUCGAGAAGAUCACCAUCACCCAGGAGUUUCUUGUUCACCCUAGCGAGGCGACUGCCCAGAUCGAUACUGCCAUUCGAGGAUGUAUCAUGCAAUCUCUGCCUGCUUACAUCGAAUUGCCAGAAGACUUGGUCAACAGCAUGGUACCGGCCAAGGGACUUGUUCAGCGCCUGGAAGUUAACCCUCUGCCUCACGACACUGAGAUGGAAAACACGAUAGUGGCCAGCAUCAUGAACAAGAUUAGGCACGCACAACGACCGUUGAUUCUCCUGGAUGCGGGUGUUCCUCUUGUAGUCUCAUCAAGGAAGCAAACCUGCUGGUGA